CACAGUGAUGUGCACAUCUAAUGAGGUGAGACAGACAGACAGGAUAGACCACAAAGAUUUCACACCAUGUACACUGUGCUGAACCGUUUCUGAACUUUUUGAACAAAGAGGAAAUGUUCAGUAGUUUCCUGCUCUCUUCACGGUUAAAGGCGGUUCGCUGGGAGCAGUGCUGAGGGGCUGGACCGUGACACUUCACGGGCGAAAUAAACCAAACACCUGCCACCGCGCACACUUUCAACUCACGGAGACGUGCAGCGUGGAGCUUGCGUGACAAGAAAACGAACACAUCUUUCUGUUUUGUAUUCAAAGUGGCAAACGCUGGAGAUAUUUUCACGAAAACUGCAAAACACAUCUUGACUUUUGUUGCCGUUAUCUCAUCAACUGUCUAGAUAAGAGAUUGGAAGUAUCCUGAGGAAUUAAACUACGUGCACAAACUGCAACUUCUAUCGCUGAUCAUUUUUUUUUGACUGACUGACACGCCCCAAAAGUGAGAAUCCAAAAGGCUAGAGCUAUAACAGCUCUUAUGUUUUUAUGAGAAGUUUUUGGACGGAUAUCAGAAUUUCAGUAAGGCACGAGCUGUGCUCACGGAGACGGUAAAGAGUGAGCGCCUCGAGACACCAAAAACACGGAGCAACAGACCGACUGAAACAGAAGACCAGAGAAUCGGGUUGCUUGCGAAUGGGUCUAACUAUGAGAGUAAUGGAAACGAGACUUCUCCUGUUGAUAUUGGCUUUGUUUGUGUUUGAAGUGGCCUGCACACAUCGCUCCGCUCCUAGAGUACACCUGGCUUUCAAAGAACUUAUGGACACUCGAACAACGAGGCCAUUCAGUUUCUCCUUCAACACCAGUGACUACCGGAUCUUGCAUGUUGACCCAGACCAGGGGCGGUUGUACCUGGGCAGCCGUGAAUAUCUGGUCUCUCUCGACAUGCAAAACAUCAACAAAGAGCCUCUCAUUAUCCACUGGCCGGCUCCAGCCCAGAGAAAGGGAGAGUGUCAGAUGACUGGGAAAGGCAGGCAUGGAGAGUGUGCUAACUUUGUGCGUCUGAUUGAGCCAUGGAACAGGACUCACCUGUACACCUGUGGCACAGGAGCUUAUAAACCCAUCUGCACCUUCAUCAACAGGGGCUGGAGAGCUGAGGACUAUCUCUUCAGACUGGUUCCUGGAUAUGUGGACUCUGGAAAGGGAAAAUGCUCCUACGAUCCAAACCAGGAGAAUGUUGCAGCCCUGAUUAAUGGGAACCUGUAUGCUGGAGUGCCGGUGGACUUCAUGAGCACUGAUCCAGGUGUCUUCAGGACCAUGGGGAGCCGGCCAGCUGUGAGAUCAGAGCAGUAUGACUCUAAGUGGCUGAAUGAACCUGUAUUUGUUCACAUGAAACAGAUUCCUGACAGCUCAGAGAAGAAUGACGAUAAACUCUAUUUCUUCUUCCGUGAGAAGAGUCUGGACUCGGGGGCUGGAGCGAGUCCAAGUGCGCUUGCCAGAGUGGGCCGUGUUUGCCUGAAUGAUGAGGGCGGACAGAAGUUACUUGUGAACAAAUGGACAACGUUUUUGAAGGCCAGGCUGGUGUGCUCUGUGAUGGGCGAUGAUGGGGUGGAAACCUUCUUUGAAGAACUGAGGGACGUGUUUAUCCAACCCACCCAGGAUGAACGAAACCCGGUGGUAUAUGGUGUCUUCUCAACUUCUGGUUCUGUGUUUAAAGGCUCAGCCGUCUGUGUCUACUCAAUGGCUGACAUCCGAAAUGUCUUUAAUGGCCCCUUUGCCCAUAAACACGGACACAACUACCAAUGGACUACUUACACAGGGAAGAUUCCCUAUCCUCGUCCGGGAACAUGUCCAGGAGGCACAUUCACACCAGGCCUUCAGUCCACAAAAGAGUUCUCAGAGGAUGCGGUGAACUUCAUUCGUGCUCAUCCUCUCAUGUAUCACCCCGUGUAUCCCAUUCACAAGCGUCCUCUGGUGGUGCGCUCUGGUGUAGACUAUCGCUUUACUACUAUUGCAGUGGAUCAGGUGGAUGCUGUGGAUGGCCGAUAUGAGGUUCUCUUCCUGGGAACAGAUCGUGGUACUGUCCAAAAAGUUAUAGUCCUGCCCAAGGAUCCCACCACAAUGGAAGAGCUCACUUUAGAGGAAGUGGAAGUUUUCAGGACGCCUGCUCCUGUCAAAACAAUGUACAUAUCAGCCAAAAGGCAACAACUGUACGCAUCUUCAGAAGCAGGUCUUACCCAGAUGUCCUUGCACCGUUGUGGAGUAUAUGGAAAGGCCUGUUCAGACUGCUGCCUGGCCAGAGACCCCUACUGCGCUUGGGAUGGGGAAAACUGCUCUGCCUUUACACAAGCCACCAAAAGGAGGAGCAGGAGGCAGGAUGUUAAACAUGGUGACCCUUUGCGUCAGUGCCGAGGCUACAAUGCUAAAGUAGAGAGGAGACUGCAGGAGAAAGUUCAGUUCGGUGUGGAGGGUAGCAGCACAUUUCUGGAGUGCGUGCCGCGCUCUCCUCAAGCCACUAUCAAAUGGCUCUACCAGAAAGAUGGAAGAAGAAAAGUGUUGAAUCGAGACGGUGAGGUUCUUAAGACUCCUCAGGGGGUCCUUUUGAAAACACUCACCAAAUCAGACGCAGGCCUCUACCAUUGCCUGGCCACAGAAAAUAACUUCAAACAUACGCUGGCUCGUGUCUCUUUGCGCAUCCUGGACCGGGACAUCGCUGUAGCCCUCACCACCCCCGAUGAGGAGGAAGAGGCGUCAAGGAGACAUCACAAAGACCAUCAACAGGACCCUGCACCUCUGACCCCAGAGCUCCUGCUGGAGCCUGAAAUGCGUCUGAUUCAGCAAUACUGCAAGUCCUACUGGGAGCAGCUGACGGCCGGGGGAAACUCACAGGCUGACCUCCCCAAACGUACAAAUCGCAGACACACAGAUGCACUGAAGGCUAGUGAGGAGUGAGGAGGACAAGAAAAGAGUCACCUCACUCCGAGCGGUUUGUGGACUUGCAUAGGUUAGUUCAUAUGCAGUGGCACCAAAAAGUAUGUGGACACUUUUGGACCAUUUAGACACUUUUUAUAGUGUUCAAAGUGAAUAAAAAUAGAGUUUUGAUUCUUAAAAAUCUAAAUGUAUUCAUUUCCCCCCAAAAAGUAUUUGGAAACUUUUAAACAAUUAAUUAUGAUUACAUUUGUACAGUAUUCCAAAGUAUUUUUGACAUCUAAAAAUGAAUUAAAUUACAGUGUUCAGAAGUUAACCAGUUGUAUAAAUUAAUGUUAUUAAUAUUCAUGUAAAAUUAAUUAAUCCAAAUAUUUGGAAGUGGCUUUUUAGAGAUUUUUCCUGUGUUUAAAAAUCUUUUUUUGUUGUUGUUGUUGAUGUAGGACUUAACAUUUCCAUUUGCCAUAGUGAUUUGACUGAAUUUCAGUAUUAUAAACCGGUAUAAGCUUUUACUAAUCUCACAAAUUAAGCUAUAAAUGACCUCCAGGAUUUACAUACUGGCUUUAACUAAAAUCAAAAAAUCAUCCGAACCAUAAAGCACCUUUAAAGAGGAUAUUACCUCAAGCUUUGAAACGUUCCACUAUCCUGUCAUCAGGAAGACCCUUUGUUAACUCACCAGUCACUGGGCCAGUGCACUGUCUAAUGUUCCACCUGGAUUAUGAAAUUGUAAGAAAUGUAU